AUGUAUCAUAACCUAACAGAAACCCCAAAAGAGACAGAAGAGGAAGCAUGCAGUGAGGACGAUGAACCCCGUAGAAUGAGUUCCGUCUGCAUGAUGUUUGCAAUGGGGAAAGAGGCCCCAAAGACAAGAGAGGAAUCCACAAACAUGAUGUACGUGGACCUCGUGGUAAACGGGAGGAAUGCUCGAGCUAUGGUAGACACCGACGCCUCUUACAACUUUGUGUCUGAAAAAGAAGCCCGAAGAUUGGGGUUUUUACUCAAGAAAGGAGGCGGUAGCAUGAAAUCCGUCAACUCCAAAGCCAAACCGAUUCUCGGUGUGGCAGAACAGGUGGAAGCAAAGUUGGGAGACUGGGAAGGAAAAAUAAACUUCACUGCCGUCAACAUGGACGACUUCAACCUUGUACUUGGAUUGGAGUUCCUCCGCGCUAGCAAAGCAGUUGUGAUGCCUCACUUGAAUUCCUUGCUUGUAGCAGGUGGAGAAGGUUGCCUAGUUCGAAGUACAGGUACUCCCACAAAAACAAAAGAGAAGGGUUGA